AUGUCGAAGCCAAUUGACGCGGCAGAAGUCGCGAAGCACAACACAAAGGAGUCGUGCUGGGUCAUACUCUAUGGUUCGGUUUGGGACGUGACAGACUUCCUGCCUAGUCAUCCUGGCGGCAGCAACAUUGUCCUAAAGCUCGCCGGAAAAGAUGCUACUGAAGAAUAUGAUCCAAUUCACCCACCGGGGACGUUGGAGGAGAGCCUCUCUGAGGAAGCUCGGCUUGGACCAAUUGACCCUAAGACUCUGCCAGAACCAGUCCAAUCAGCCAAAGACGUGGGACCCGAGCCUAAUUCAGUAGCCUCAGUACCCAUGUCCUCCCUCCUCAACCUCGACGAAAUCGAAGCAGCUGCAACGAAGAAGCUCAGCAGAAAAGGAUGGGCAUACUACUACUCCGCUGCUGACGAUCUUCACUCCAAACACCUCAACAAUUCAAUUUACCGGUCCAUCCUCCUUCGACCCCGCAUUUUCAUGGAUUGCUCCAAAUGUGACACAAGCACCACAUUCCUUGGGCACAAUCUCCGGAUCCCUAUCUUCGUAUCGCCUGCUGCAAUGGCUAGAUUAGCCCAUCCAGACGGCGAAUGGGGCAUUGCACAAGCAUGCAAGAAGUUCGGCGCAAUGCAAAUGAUCAGCAACAAUGCCAGCAUGACGCCAGAGCAGAUCGUAAAGAAUGCUCCGCCAGACCAAAUAUUCGGAUGGCAACUGUACGUCCAGAUCGAUAAAAGGAAAAGCGAGGACAUGUUGGCAAGGAUAAACGAACUUGACGCGAUCAAAUUCGUCUGUCUGACCCUGGAUGCACCUACUCCAGGGAAGAGAGAGGAAGACGAGCGGGCGAAGAACAUCGUGGACAAGGACAAUUCUUCAAUUCUCAAAGACGCAGGCGGACAUGAGUUGAAAGGUGGAGGUGGGAUUGGACAAUCACUGUUUUUCGGUAUGGAUCCAACUCUGACCUGGUCUAAGACGUUGCCAUGGUUGGCGGAACAUACGCACAAACCAAUCAUACUGAAGGGCCUGCAGACACAUGAGGACGCUUAUCUGGCCAGUCAACAUGCGCCGCGGGUCAAAGGGAUCAUCUUGUCGAAUCAUGGUGGAAGAGCGGCGGAUACUGCGCCCCCAUCCGUUCACACCUUGCUGGAGAUCCGGAAGUAUUGUCCCGAGGUAUUUGACAAGCUGGAUGUGGUUGUUGAUGGUGGCAUCAAGCGUGGCACAGACGUUGUGAAAGCCCUGUGUCUCGGGGCGAAGGCGGUAGGGAUUGGACGAGCGGCACUUUUCGGACUGGGUGCUGGUGGGAUUGAGGGCGUUGAAAGAGUAUUGGAAAUUCUCCGGGAUGAAACCAUGACGGCGAUGAGGUUGCUGGGUGCGGAGAAGGUGGGAGAGCUGGGCUUGAGGCAUGUCAAUACCAGGGUGGCGGAGAGGGAUAUCUAUGAUGGACCUGGUGGUAUGGACGGAUUACAGGGGGCAGUAAAAGGUCUGUUGAUCAAGGCAAAGCUGUAG